AUGACAGCUGUGGAAGAAAAUACUGAAAUUGACUGGGGCAAUGAAAGACUGAGCAGGGCUCAGCGUGCCGUUGAAGCCAACACUUAUGAUGUGGACUCCUGGUCCCUUCUCAUACGUGAGGCUCAAACGAGGCCCAUCAAUGAAGUACGUCCUAUGUACGAGAAACUCAUCAAUGCAUUUCCAACAACCGGUCGAUAUUGGAAGAUUUAUAUUGAACAGGAGAUGAAAGCGAGGAAUUUUGAAAAAGUUGAAAAGGCCGAGGCCGUGGUGCCACAUUACGCCUACUCCGCAACCCCGGCUGAACAUCAGCCCUAUAAGGUUCCGUCUGUGAUGGUCUAUUGUCUGUUUGAGUUGUUCCAGCGAUGUCUCAUGAAGAUUCUGAACAUUGAAUUGUGGAGACUGUACCUCAACUACGUGAAGGAGACCAAGUGCAUGCUGCCCACAUACAAGGAAAAGAUGGCUCAAGCCUACGACUUUGCCCUUGACAAAAUCGGCCUGGACAUCCACGCGUAUCCGAUCUGGAACGAUUAUAUCACGUUCCUGAGGGGUGUGGAAGCUGUGGGGUCUUAUGCUGAGAAUCAGAAGAUUUCUGCUGUUAGGAAGGUAUACCAAAGAGCGGUGAUCACACCCAUAAUUGGUAUAGAGACUCUAUGGAAGGAUUACAUCGCGUUUGAACAGAGCAUCAACACUAUUAUCGCUGAGCGAAUGGCGAUGGAGCGUUCCCGUGAAUACAUGAACGCCAGACGAGUGGCCAAGGAGCUGGAGACGGUUACCAGAGGUCUGAACAGGAACAUGCCUGCAACACCACCUACAGCUGACAGGGAGGAGAUGAAACAGGUGGAACUAUGGAAAAAAUACAUAACUUGGGAGCGCUCAAACCCCCUUCGUUCUGAAGACACGGCACUGGUUGCCCGAAGAGUAAUGUUCGCUAUAGAACAGUGUCUUCUCUGCCUGGCGCACCAUCCGGAUGUCUGGCAUCAGGCAGCGCAGUUUCUGGACCAUUCCGCCAAGUUGUUACAGGAGAAAGGGAUAAGUAAGGAGAUGGUAGAGAGAGUUACCCUCCUUGAAAAAAAGGAGUGCUUGUUUAUGUGGUUGGUUGGCAAACGAGCUGACAUGAUGGACUCGAAUGCCGCGCGUCUGUUCUCGGACGAGGCAGCAGCUGUAUAUGAGAGAGCGACUAGCGGUCCUCUGAAACAGUCAACAUUAUUACACUUUGCCCACGCUGAUUACGAAGAAAGCAGAUUGCAUUACAAUAAGGUACACCAAGUAUACACCCGUUAUUUGGACAUGGAGGAUAUUGACCCCACCCUGGCGUACGUCCAGUACAUGAAAUUCGCAAGACGAGCUGAAGGCAUCAAGUCUGCUAGGACUGUCUUCAAAAGGGCCAGGGAGGACCCAAGGUCCCGCUACCACGUUUUUGUAGCUGCAGCCCUGAUGGAGUACUACUGCUCAAAGGAUAAAAAUAUAGCCUUCCGUAUCUUCGAGCUGGGCCUCAAGAAGUUCUCCCACAUACCUGAAUAUGUACUCUGUUAUAUCGACUAUCUGUCACAUUUAAACGAGGACAACAACACUCGCGUACUCUUCGAGAGGGUCUUAUCAUCAGGGAGUCUGAAACCAGAGAGCCAGGUGGACAUUUGGAACCGGUUCCUGGAGUUCGAGUCCAACAUUGGAGAUUUAGUCAGUAUUGUCAAGGUCGAGAAGAGAAGACAGGCUGUCCUGGAAAAGGUGGCUUCAAUGUCGAACAAGUCGUGGGCACUGGGAGGCCCUCUAGCGGGGAUAUCGCCCGAACUAGCAGCCGUUAUACUCGGACAAAAAGACAAUGACCCCAACAAGGAUAUUGCUCGACCGGACACCAGCCAAAUGAUACCAUACAAGCCCAAAGUCAACCCACUGCCUGGUGAACAUCCUAUUCCAGGAGGAACGUUCCCUCUGCCUCCAGCGGCGGCGCAGCUCUGCACGAUGAUGCCUCCGCCCUCCAGCUACCGAGGGCCCUUCGUCGCCAUCGACAGGCUCAUGCAACUAUUCAACAGGAUCUCGCUGCCGGAUAAACCUCCGGCGCCUACGAUGGAGAACGGUUGCGAUACGAAACUCUUCGACCUGGCGCGCUCCGUCCACUGGAUCGUCGAUGAUGAGGGCAUUACCACUGUCGCCAGCAAGGCACGUCGAAGGAAAGCCGGUGAAGAUUCCGAUGAUGAUGAGUUAGGUGUUGCGCCGCCCGCCAACGACAUCUAUCGGCAGAGACAGCAAAAACGAGUGAAGUAG